AUGGACAUGGGCAGUGGCAGUCCGUCGUCCUCUGCGCCGCUCACUCCCGCUGGCGUCGACUUUUCCAACGAGACACAGGCGUCUGACUUUUUGCAAGAGAUUCUUGAUGACUCAGUUUUUGGCCCAAUUGGUAACAAGUAUGCACGGUAUUUCUGGUAUGGAGUCGUGGUGGUCAUUGGCAUAGCGAGUAUCUGCAACGUCGUGCAAAGAUGCGUAUUGCGGAUGAGAGCAAGCGCGAGAAACCGCUCAAGGCCUGCGAAGCCUGCGAGUCCUCUAACACAAUCCAUUGCUACCGCAUCAGCUCUCCUUCGAGAGCCGAGCUAUCCCCAGAUCAUACCUCUAGCAGCAUCGAGCUGGUUUAAAGUACCUCCGCUGGGCCAUGUCUACAUCAUUACGUCGUAUUUGGCUUUCAUCUUCGCUUUGGUGUUUGUCAACAACAACAACAACAACCCCGGUGCACAACACUUCCAAGCUCUCAGUAUACGUGCUGGAUGGCUCGGAGCAGCCCAAGUGCCGCUGCUGGUACUAACAUCAAGCAAGACGAGCAUCAUUGGCUUCCUCGUCAACUCGUCUGUGGAACGACUCAACGUCUACCACCGAUGGAGCAUCUACGGCCUGAUGGUGCUCGAAUGGAAAACUGACGAGUGCACGCCCACAGGCAUUUCUGCGUAUGCUCUCUUGCUCUGGAUGAAUCUGACCUCGCUGGCACCAUUGCGCUUCUUCAAGUAUGAAAUAUUUGUCGUGCAGCAUUUGCUCACGUAUUUUGGCUUUACAAUUGCGAUUGUCUAUCACCUAAAUGGAACUUCGUCGCCUUAUUCGACAAAUUACAUCUACAUAAGCAUUGCCUUGUAUAUGGUUGGUCAGUUGAUUCGCUUUGUGAGGAUGGUUAUUGUCAACAUUCGGCCAAGUAGAGCGGUCCUGACACCGCUCGAGGGCAGCGCAACCAAGAUCCGGCUUUCUAACUCGGGAAUCAAGUCAUGGCAGGCAGGGUCGUAUGUCCACCUAUUUAUUCCCCGAUUCAACAUUGUGCUGGGACACCCAGCUACGAUAUUGUCAACUCCAUCGUCACAUGGAGGUGAUAUGGUGUUUAUUCUGCGUUCAUUCGGCAGCUUCACCAAACGGCUUCUCAAAGCUGCCCAACUUGAAGGGCAUCAAGCUAUGCAACUAACGCUCAUUGACGGACCGUAUCCUAGCCAAGAGGCAGGUGUUGAAACGCUGUGUAAUAUUCAUAUCACAGGUGAAGAGGGCACUGCUAGCGACGAGGAGUCUGCAGGAAGUGUUCAACUACAAGAACAAGAAAAAGAACAAGAUGGUGAAGUUGAUGGACGGCCUGUUCUUGAAGAUGACAAAGCUGAAGCCUCGAAAUCGUGGAAGCGUAGGACAUCAACUGCAGACGUCUCGUUCGCGGAGCUGCAUAUGGGACGGCCUACGUUCCGAACCAUGCUUGAAAGACGAAUACACCAGGCGCAAGGCGAGACGGCUGUUGCAGUUUGUGGUCCGUUGGGGCUAUCGGUAGCCGUGAGGUCAGCCGUGGUGAGGAUAAGUGAUGAUUUGGCUGUGGAUAAAGGGAGCGGGCUGGAUGGACUAUACUUGCAUGUCGAGAAUUUUGACUAG